AUGUCACUGGCAAGUUUUAUUUUGAGAGGGCAAGGAGGCAGGCUCCUCGGGUUGCGGGGACUGCACUCAAGUGCAUUAGCAUAUAAAGCGCAGGUAUUCGGCAUGCCAGCCAUGUCACCUACGAUGGAAAGAGGGGGAGUUGUUGAAUGGAAGUUCAAAGUGGGCGAUACAUUUUCUGCUGGUGACGUGCUACUUGAGGUCGAAACUGAUAAGGCUCAAAUUGACGUAGAAGCGCAGGAUGAUGGUAAGAUAGCAUCUAUUAUCAAGGAUAAUGGGUCAAAAGACGUCAAGGUUGGAGAGCCAAUUGCAUAUCUUGCAGAUAUAGAUGAUGAUUUAUCAACUUUGGAGAUUCCUAAGGCACAGCCCGCUCACGCACAGCAGAAGUCAGAAGAGAAGUCUCAACCCAAGAAGGAAGCAGUGCAAAAGGCGGGAAAAGACGCAAAAUCUUCCAAGAAGGAGGCGCCUUCGAACCUUUCUGAUAAAUCCUCAUCUGGCUCCGGCAAAGGUACUUCAAGUAUCUUGGUGGCUGCUAAUAAUUCUCAAACUUUGUUACCUUCAGUACAAAUGCUUUUGCAUGAAAACGGUAUAUCCUUUGAAGAUGCUAUGAAUAAGAUUAAAGCAUCCGGUCCAAACGGUAGAAUUCUGAAGGGUGAUGUUCUUUCAUAUCUCGGUAAAAUUUCUCAAAAGUCCGUUGUAAAGGUCACUGAGUACAUUAAGAAGGGUGAGGUACUAGAUUUAUCGAAUAUCGAAUUAAAGAAGAUUGAAAACACUCCUACAGCUCAAAAAGGUAAACCAGCGAAAGCUGAACCCAUUGUUUUUGAAGAACAUGUACGACUUGAAGUUCCAGCAGAUGUUUCUGUUGACAAGUUAGCACUUUCUCUGAAGUCAUAUGUCAGCGAAGCUAAUUGGUUGUCCCAUGACUAUCAAGUUACAAAUACCCGGUCGCAGUUUUAUGAUCCAAUUUUUGAGGAUCUGAUUACACCUGAUUCGAAACAGCCACGGUUCAAGUUUAAAUACGAUCUUGUUCCUCUUUCCACUCAGUCUCUGUCUCAAGGACAACACGAUGACAUUUUCGAUCUACUUUCUGGUUCAACCCCUUCUAAAACUGCCAAAGUCGAAAAACCACAACCAAAUGAAUUCUUGGUCAACUUUUCUGUGGAAGUGAAUGAUAAGUACAGUGAUGCUGAGAUCAAGGCGAAUAGAUUUCUGGAUUACAUGAAAUAUUUGGAAUCAAUUACUGAGCAUUAA